AUGGCCAGCAAAAAAUCCAAAACUUUGUGGUCAUCAGUUUCUGAUACUUUUCGCCCAACAGUUGAAUAUUAUUUUGGAACCUAUUCAACUGUUAAAAAAGUUAGAGUACAGAACACGUCUAUUGCAGUACUCUACCGUUUUCUUCAAUUGGCUGUCCUUGCAUAUAUCGCUAUUUAUAUUGUUUAUAUAAAGAAGGGGUACCAGGACGUGCAAAUACCCAGUGGUGCCAGUGUAAUCAAGGUCAAAGGUGUAGCACGUGUUACAGCUAAUAGGUCAAAUUUUGUCUCUAAUGACAUAGAAGAAGAUUUAUGGGACGCAGCUGAAUAUCUCGUUCCACCCCUUGAAAAUAAUGCUUUCUUCGUAGCGACGCGAAAAAUAGUUACUUACAAUCAAACGUUAGGCACAUGUCCAAGUGGAGGACUUAUUGAAAUUCAACAACAAUGGAAAUGUAAUUUCGAUUCUCUUAAAGUAGAAAAAAAAUGCUUUCCUACUUUUACCUUUAACUUGCUGCAAAGUGGUAGUGAUGAACUGUCUCCAGGCAUCAACUAUCGUUUUGCUGAGAAAUACAGUGUGAACGGCAAAAAGUAUCGAACAUUAACAAAAAUUUACGGAUUUCGUUUUAUUGUAGCAAUUAAUGGUAAGGGACGACAGUUUGAUAUCGUUAAUUUAUUCGUAGCAAUCGGCUCCGGUCUCGGUUAUAUGAUAAUCGGAGAAAUAAUAUGUGGAUUUGUUUUCGCAAGGUUUCACAAAUAUUCAACUGAAUAUCGCCAAGUUAAGAGUACAGGGUUGAAACUAAGACAUGUACGCGACCCUCCUAGUCCAACAGCUCAUCCAGCUUUAUCUAAUUUGGUUGUGAAAGACAUUCGUCAAUCUCAAGGAACAGUCUAG